UGACUGCCUCACCGUGCUCGUGUCUCUCCAUCGGUGGACAUUUCGGACGUAGAGAGUUUUCCUAGAGAUGGCUUCUUCUUCCUCUGCUCCUCGUGCAGCCGCCGUCGUCGCCGGCGUGCUGGUGGUGAUGGCCGCCCUGUGCCUCCACGGCGCAACGGCGCAGCUGUGCGAGGAGUACUACGACGACACGUGCCCCAACGCCUACGACACCGUGAAGCAGGUGCUCAUCGACGCGCACGACUCGGACACCCGCAUCUUCGCCAGCCUCAUCCGCCUCCACUUCCACGACUGCUUUGUCCAGGGCUGCGACGGGUCGCUGCUGCUGGACACAGUCCCCGGGAUGCAGUCGGAGAAGGAGUCGCCGCCCAACAACGCCUCGGCGCGCGGGUUCGAGGUCGUGGACGCCGCCAAGGCGGCGCUGGAGGCCGCCUGCCCCGGUGUCGUCUCCUGCGCCGACAUCCUCGCCAUCGCCGCAGAGAUCUCCGUCGAGCUGUCAGGAGGACCCAGUUGGGGUGUCCUUCUGGGAAGGCUGGACGGCAAGACCUCCGACUUCAACGGGUCCCUGGAUCUUCCGGCGCCCACCGACAACCUCACCGUACUUCAGCAGAAGUUCAGUAACCUCAGCCUCAACGACGUCGACCUUGUCGCCCUCUCAGGGGGGCACACGUUCGGCCGGGUACAAUGCCAGUUCGUCACGGACCGGCUCUACAACUUCAGCGGCACCAACAUGCCGGACCCGACCCUGGACUCGGCUUACCGAGCGUUCCUAUCGCAGAGGUGCCCGAGGAAUGGCAACGGUUCGGUCUUGAACGACCUCGACCCGACGACACCGGACACCUUCGACAACAACUACUACACCAACAUCGAGGUGAACCGGGGUAUCCUCAACUCCGACCAGGAGCUCAAGUCGUCGCCCCAGGCGCAGGGCACCACGGCACCCAUCGUCGACCAGUUUGCGAGCAGCCAGGACGCCUUCUUUGCGAGCUUUGCACAGUCCAUGAUCAACAUGGGGAACAUUAGGCCCCUGACGGACCCAUCCGUAGGUGAGGUCCGUACCAACUGCAGAAGAGUCAAUGGAAGAUAAUCAUGGAGGAGAGGAGAAACUAUAUAAUGUGUUUAUGAGUAUGUAACUGAAAAAUAAGGGCUUUCAGCUCCGAUCCCUCAAGUGUGCAGUUUAUAUGUGUAUAUUUCUGAUUUUACCAUCUUUAUAGUUUGUCAACCAAUUGUAAUGUGCUCCAAAUUCAUCCGUCUCCAAAUUAAAGCAGGUCAUGCAUGUGUCGUUGAAAUAAACCAGAAACCCUUGCAAAA